AUGCCGCUUGAAGAGAUCAGCCCCAACAUCCAAAAAGAUGGCCCCCAGAAUGGUGCCAAACAGGAUGAGACGGCGCCGGGGACGUCCACGACCUCACUUACCUCCAGUGCCGUGCAGAGCAUGUUGAGAAACACGACCGAGUUGGGAGACAGUGGCCCAUUCGCAGUUCGUCCUCCACGCAUUCCUCGUUCUGGUUCCCGGCCUCAGUCCUCCAAACGUCGUGCUGGUUCCUUUGACACCUCAUUCAACCCUCAGCUCGAGCACCAACGACUCCCGCGACGACGCUCCCACCGCCACCACGGACCACGGCCAGUCCCAUCGUCUUCGGCCUUAUCAGGGCGAGAGACCAUCCACUCUACACAGACAUCCCUUCGCUCAGGGUUUCGCCCCAAGAGAGCCGGUCCUCGUCAUCGAUCCUCCCAUGUCGCCGGCCCCAGGGUCCCUGCGCAUCCGCUCCACUCGCACAGGUCGCUGAUCACUCUCCGCAGCCACCGCGACUUCCACAGCCUCCAUUCGAGCUCUCCUAUGAUCGUUUCCGGUCACAGACGCCGGCCUGGAUAUCGAGCUUCGUCCCCGGCCUUAAGUGAGGCAUAUCCGUACAGAUAUGGUGCAAGACAUGGCUAUCCAAGAGUGGGAAGUGUCGGGACGGUUGCUUCUUCCCCUGUCUCUACGCACCAUUUGCGUCCAGGUCCACCUGUAUACCCACCUGAGCUGAACAACUCCAUGUCCUCCUUCGUCCGGCUACCAUCGCCAGCGGUCUCGUCCUUGAACGGAUUCCCCGUCAACGCUUAUCCGCACCCAAGAACGACUACCCCCAUGUCCAAUUCUCUCCAGAGUUUCCGGCCGGUCUGGAAUCACAGUGCUGCCUCAUCUCGGGGUCUGCCACAGUCUCCGACUGGGUCUACAGCACCUCACUACUAUGAUUAUUCCGAAUCAUUUCUCGAGGAGGAUUGCUUCUCACCCCCGAAUGACCCUUCUGUAGCCAAUCUUCCCUUCAACAUGGACCAGACAAUCCUAGGCAACCUCCCCGCCCCCGAACGGCGUCAGGCUCAAUCUCCUUUCGGCACGGUCCCAGGUUCAGCCUUUCACCCAUUGGAGCUACCAACCGUACACAAUCGUCAGCCCAGCGAGCAGUCAAAGCAAUCUAAAUACAGUUACGCCGGAAAUAUUCCACCCCGAAAGUCAAGUCUCGGAGCCACCACUGCGCCAUCUGUGACCGAAAGGCUUCCUCCUGCCGAUCAGGACUACCUCGAUGGACGGUCCAAAGACGAAAAGGACAAUCCUCGAGCAUCAACCGCCUCACGUCGAACAUGCGCCUCAGAUCACUCGAGUGCAUUCUUCCCAAACGCCACUCGGAGCCCACGCGACCUGACAACUCUUGCAGCCCGAGUGCACUCCCCUGUCUUCGACCACAAGCCUUCCAUCUCUGGGCUGAUGGAAUACGGAGAUCGAAAGUGUGAUGGCAACCCCCAAACAGCAUUCAGUGACAUCCAACGCGCCCGUUCUCAUUGGGAAUUGCCGUCGUUCAGUUUUAGACCACUUUCCUUCGGUUCCUACUCGCCUGAGUUAAAGGAACGACCAAAGACAUCUGGCGGCAUUGGUUCGAAAGAGCGCCCCGAGAUAUUGUCGCCAAUGCCUGAACGCCCAAUGUCCUCACAGAGUAGGAAACGAUUUAGCCGUAUCCUCGAAAUACCUGACAACUAUGUCACCGACCGGGGAGAUGCACCUCAUCACGUUCAGACCUUCUCUCGGCUUGACGCCGUGGAAGAACAUCCGGAUUUGCAGUCGCUCGAAAGGGUUCUGUCACCGCAACUACAGGAUGGAUCAAAGCUCGAUGUUGCCGAGCAGCAAGACCCGUGGGAGAAUGCGGCUAGUGAACAAGCUGUCCCAAAUGUCACCGGAGAUGCCAGCCAGAUUACCAUCCAUGAAAUAUCAACUAUCGAGUCACUUCUCGAUGGACAUAUUGAAUGCUUGGGCCUGAACGAUGAUGGGACUGAGGGCGAAGAUGGACGUUCCCAAUCAGACAGCCCUUGCCAGCAUUCAGUUGCGGCACCCGACAGCAGCGGAGAGAGUACCAUUAGAGCACCGUCCAGUAUGCCGCGGAUUCUGUCGCCAUGGAACUUGAGGCCAACAACCUCGAGCUCGACUAUACGGCACUCCAGCCUCACAAGUUCUGAGAGGCGCCAACUUGUACCACGUCGUCUAUUUGCCAGUAUGGAUGCCAGACUCCCACCUGGAGCCAUUCUGCAGGACUGUCAAGUCAACUCCACGUCUGUCUUGUCGUCCUCUAGCUCAAGGAAUCGGGGGAAUUCGUCUGGCUGGCAGACGCUCCAGUCGACCAGUGGACUCCUAGCUUCAGAGUCAACCAAGUCUAAUCGAUCUAUCGCCAAGUGCUCUUUGACAUCGGGUGAUAUGGCCGACAUUGACUCCCAUCCGUCAAAAACCAGAUUCAAGGUCAGGAGAUUUUCAGAGCUGAGUCUAAGCCCGGGGACAGUUAACGGCUUGCCGAGCAGGGGAGGCACGCAUGCUCAUCGCAGAUCCAAAAGUGACAUGCUGGCCAGACAAGAGUCGCAUCAGCGACGGCGAGCGCGAAUACUGAUGAAGAGUAAGAGAAAGUCACAGAGCGUGAGGCAGCUGGGUGUCCCUGAACAAACCGGGCAGUUGCUGGAUGACGGCGAUCGAGAGGAAGAAUGGACAACUGAAGAUUGGCCUGAAAAGAUGAGCGAAACCGCGCCUGCCCCUGGAUAUGCCGAGUUGAGCGCGGAUUCAGUGACAGCACUGCCACCGACAACGAUAUCUGAAGUGAGUGUUCUUGCGCCUACGUCGAUGCCAAGGAGAUGGACCAGUAUGCUAGCUGCGAUGCCUGAGCCUGUCAAGAAAAGCUUGGAAAUGGUUCGAAAAGCAUCAGUCAGGACUGUCCAUUCACGCCGAAGCAAUACUAGCGUCAUCGAACCUUUGAACAGUACACGGUGCAGUUCUCAGAUCCCACGCUUAGGGUCGAUCCCCCAACUGGCUCCUCCAGAAUUGGGACCGCCGCUCACAUCUUCAGAGCUGAACCUCAGUCUUCGGUUUCCAGAUCAAUCUCAGACACUGUCUAGGCCGCCUCUUCGUGAAGUUCAAAGCUUCUUUUCCGACGAUAGCACGACCGCCUUGGCGCAGAAACAGCCAACAACUACUAGAAAGAAGUUUGACCUGCACAGCUUGCGGAGUGGUUUCACGAAGUCGUCCGGGUUGCUAGGAACGCGACAUAGCUCUACCCAGCAUGAGACCAGUACACUGAGGCUCUGCAAUUCAUACCAUAUGAAGACACAGCAGUCAUUCGAGUAUCCACAUCCGGACCUGGGCGAUACAGUUCCAACGUCGAAUUUUCCGUGCAAGCACCGAAACAUGCUGGAUCGGGUCAAGGGCUGGUGGAGGCGACGAUGCAUGCCGAAGACCUUGACUCUCAUUAGAAAGCGGAGUGAGCGGAACAAGUAA